AGUCAGUGCAAACUUUACGCUAGCCUUUUCAAUUCAGUUUCGAUAAUUAAAUGACCUGUUCGUCUGUGUGAGGACGUCUUAUCAGACGUCUAAAAUCCUGAACAAAAUGAAGACGGACAAAGAUGCGAUUGACAUGCGAGGUGUUACAGUGAACAAGUUCGCUGAAGAGGCUCCCUCAGCUGGGAUGACAAAGAAUGGAUACUUCUACCAGGAGAUGGAACAGCGGGAGAAGGAGGAGGCGGAGGAUGGGAGCGAGGAGCGGGAGGAGGGCCAGGACUCCCCCAUCCCCUCUGGAGAUCACAUCCACCUCUACGCCCUGAACCAGAUACACCCCGGCGGACCAGAUUCAGAUGUCCAUGGCUGUGUGCUUCUCAACACCUCCAGGAGAUAUGUGAAGCUGAUGGACUUCGAGGAGGAGGUGCGAGCUCACCGCGACCUGGACGGCUUCCUGGAGCGCGCCUCCAUCCUGCUGCACGAGGACGAGGCCUCGCUGGACGACGUGCUGAAGACCAUGCUGCGCCACGUCUCGCAGGACCCACACACCGCCGAGCCGCACGUCAACUUCGAGGAGAUCAUGAGCUCCCUCUUCACCGACGCCGGAUCUCAGGAGGUCAAUGUGCACCUGUUGUCGGAGACGCUGCAGUGCGUGACGGCCACGGCCACCGGCGUCCAGUACCAGCAGUCCUGGCUCUGCAUCCUCUGUAACGUGAAGAGCCUGCAGCGGCGGCACGUGUGUAUCUCUCGUCUGGAGCGACCUCAGAACUGGGGGGAGAACUGCGCAGAGGUCCGCUACGUCAUCCUCAUCCUGGCUCCACUCAAAAUGAAAAGCACCAAGACGGCCAUGGAGCUGGGCCGCACCUUCGCCACCAUGUUCUCGGACAUCUCCUUCCGGCAGAAGCUGCUGGAGAGCAAGACGCAGCAGGAGUUCAAGGAGGCGCUGGUCAUCCAGCGCUACCACCUCACCUCCGCCAAGCACAAGCCCCAGGCCGCCGAGGAGACCGAGGCCCCCACGGACCCACACAGCCACAAGCCACUCAAGUGUAGAGAUUUUUUCCGGGUGGGGAGAGGGAUCUACGAGGAUUUGUGUCGACGGCUACCUCACUACGCAUCUGACUUCACAGAUGGUAUCGUGGGCAGCAACAAGGCUCUGGGGAAGUACAUGACCACGUCCAUCUUCCUCUACAUCGCCGUACUGCUGCCAGCCAUCGCCUUCGGAUCCCUCAAUGACGAGACCACGGGCGGGGAGAUAGACGUGCAGAAGACGAUUAUUGGCCAGAGUAUUGGAGGCAUCAUCUACUCGCUGUGUGCCGGCUCCCCGCUAGUAGUCCCGCUAACAACAGCACCCAUCGCCAUCUUCAUAGGAGUGAUUCGGGGUAUCUGUGAUGACUAUGACCUGGACUUUGCUGCCUUCUACGCCUGCAUCGGCCUGUGGAACUCCCUCUUCCUCAUCCUGGGAGGAGUCUUCAACCUCAGCCUGCUGGUGAAGCUCUUCAAGAGGUCUAUAGAGGAGGUGAUCGCUCUCUUCAUCUCUAUUGCUUUCGUGGUGGAUGCAGUCAAAGGGACGGUGAAAAUCUUCCUGAAGUACUACCACCCCCCCACGUUGGCCAAUGGCAGCAUGGCGGAGCUGCAGCGCAGCAUGAACGGUAGUGGCAGCAGUGUGGUGGUGGAGGGUAUCAACGUGACGGUGACGGGGGCCGGCCUGGUCACGCUGCCCGAGUCCUUCAUCCUCUGCACACGCGCACGGCCCCUGCUCUGCCUGCUGCUCAUGCUGGGCACGCUGUGGCUGGGGUACACGCUCUUCGAAUUCAAGAGGAGUCCGUUCCUGCAUUAUAAGAUCAGGGAGAUUCUGUCAGACUGCGCACUGCCCAUCUCUGUGCUCAUCUUCUCCUUCAUUGGCUCAUACGUUUUCAAUGACAUCGGCUUGCCGGUGUUUGACUUUGACCGUGAGCGUCAGCUGUUCCGCGUGGCUCCGUUUGAGAAGCUGUCGGCUGUCAGUGUCCUGAGUGCCAUGGGCCUGGGCUUCCUCCUAGCACUGCUCAUCUUCAUAGACCAGAACAUAGUGGUGUCCCUCACCAACGCCCCCGAAAACAGGCUAAUGAAAGGCACGGCGUACCACUGGGACCUGACGCUGUCGGGCAUCGUGAACAUCCUGAUGUCGGUGCUGGGGCUGCCCUGGAUGCACGCCGCCUUCCCACACUCCACCCUGCACGUACGCCAGCUCGCCAUCGUGGAGGAGCGCGUGGAGGGCGGACACCUAUACGAGACGAUAGUCAGUGUGAAGGACACGCGUGUGACGUCGCUGGCGGCCAACAUCCUGAUCGGCGUGAGCAUCUUCCUGCUGCCGGUGCCGCUGCAGUGGAUCCCCAAGCCCGUGCUCUACGGCCUCUUCCUCUACAUCGCACUCACCUCCAUCGACGGCAACCAGAUGUGCGACCGCAUGGCACUGCUGCUCAAGGAACAGACGUCCUAUCCUCCCACCCAUUACAUCCGUAAGGUCCCUCAGAGGAAGAUCCAUUACUUCACGUUCCUGCAGAUGGUGCAGCUGCUGUUCCUGUGUGCGUUCGGGAUGUACCCCUUACCUUACAUGAAGAUGAUCUUCCCCCUGCUCAUGUUCAUACUCAUCCCCAUCAGGAACUGCCUGCUCCCACGCAUCAUCGAGGCCCGCUACCUGGACAUCAUGGAUGCGCAGCACAUGUAGAGAAGAGAAGAAAAGAGAAAGAGAAAGCACCCAGAGACAGACAAGACAAGACAAGGCCAGAAACAGAAACAGAGACAGACAGAGACUGAGCCGAACCGAACUGAACUGAACUGAACUGAACCGAACUGCAAAGCCUUCUGGGGGAUGUAGUGCUGGAACGCAAAAAAAAACAACACUGGGAGGAAAUAUAGUCUGAUUUAUAAAACAGGGGAACUGCAGCUGCUGCACCAACGCAUGGACGGAUGGCUGGAGCACUGGAUUGAAGAGAUGCAGCGAACACGGAAAGAGGAAGAGAAAAAAAAAAGAAGUGAGACGACGAUGGACUGGAAAAAAAAAACUGAGAGAAAUGUAUAUCUACAGAAUGAUAAAUAUUGGACAAAAUAUUUUUGGAAUAGAAAGAUAUGGUAUAAGAAAGAAAUAUAGAAAGAUAAGGAGAGAGAGAGAGAGAGAAUGAGAGAGAGAGAGAGAGAGAGAAUGAGAGAGAGAGAGAGAGAUGCUUGCGGGAUCAGGUGUGUUUGGGUUGAGUAGUGACAUAGCAGCCUGUAGCAGUUCUAUCUGACCUCCAUUCCUCUCCACUGUUUUCCCCUUUGAGUUCCGUGCCAAAGAGUCACCUUCAACUCUUGUUGUGUAUUUGUGUGUGUGUGUGUGUGUGUGUGUGUGUGUGUGUGUGUGUGUGUGUGUGUGUGUGUGUGUGUGUGUGUGUGUGUGUGUGUUUGUGUUUGUGUGUGUGUGUGUAUUUGUGUGUGUGUGUGUGUGUGUGUGUGUGUGUGUGUGUGCGCGUGUGUGUGUGUGUGUGUGUGUGUGUGUGUGUGUGUGUGUGUGUGUGUGUGUUGCACACGUGUCUCUGUGCUUAAUUAUGCAGACUCACUCAUACCCACACAAUAUACACAGUCAGUCAUACCGAGAACGCACGAUCAUCAACAACAACAACAGUCUCCCUGGUAGAAGUACACACAUGUAGACAAACACAAACACACACACGUACACACGUACACAGAUACACACACACACACACAAGUGCAGACACACCACACACGCACACACACGCGCACACACACACAAACAGACAUACAGACACAGACAUACUGUCUCAAAAAAAGUGACCAAUCCAAUCUCACAGACAUUCCUUUUCAUAGUGUUACACUAGUAUACAAAUUAAUUGAGACAGCACAGACCAAAAUGUAGAAAACAACACAUUACCCUUCUCUGAAAAAAGAAGCUGUGUAUCAGAGCAAUAUACAUAGUGAAUAAUCUGAACAGUAUUUUAGAUAUUUCUAAGAGAGACGUGUUUGUCAUACUGUUAAUAUAUAGAUUCUCUAGUUUGGAUACAGGUGUUUAAUGUUAAAAAGUGUGUACAGUAAUGGGUGGAGGUGACAUCAGACUCUGGAAAGGAAUCUGAAACCUGAAAAAAAAAAGUUUGGGCUCAGUUUUAUCGAGGCCUCGACAAGGACACACAGAGAAAAUACAAAUACACACACACACACACACACACACACACACACACACACACACACACACACACACACACACACACACACACACACACAAAUAUAUACAUACGUACAUACUAUACACACAAAACGUGCACACUUACAGGAUAAAUAUAUAGCAACACAUCCAUCCGAUGAAUACAAAAGCAUGGCUUCUAUGAAUCAUACUGAAAAUCUACCAGACAAAAAAAAUGCCUUUUUCUAAGUGAACCCAGGGUUGUUUUAUUUAUUUUAAAUAAAGAAAAUAUUAAAAAGUUUAUUAAAAUUAAAAUUUUAAAAAGAUGAUAUUUGAACGCACAGAGAGACAGAGCAAUAUAUAUAUUAAAAAAACAGACAGAGAGAAUGAGAAAAGAUAGGAAGACAGAAAAAGAAGUGAAAGAGCAGCAGAAGAUGAUGUCAGACUUGUGACUGAUGACAGGUUUGUUUGUGUGUUUACUCACACUGACUGGAACACAAGGUUACUGUAUCAUUGCCCUUAAGGUCAAGACUAAGAGAACGUGCAGUUUUGGAACAUGUCUUUCUUUCCAACAUAAUCAGGAACAGCUGAUCAGGUUCUGCUGUCUACUUUAAGUUCUAUACACCCAGCAGAAAAGCAUUUGCUUGGCUCCAUCAGUCCACAUUGUUUUCCAAUAAUUAGUUUUGAGCAAGCGAUGCUCGAGUUGAAAAAAAAACAACUGUAUUUUUUGGGGUCUUAAUUAAGCUAUGUUUUUAAUUGAGGGGAAACAUCAAAGCCUGGUCAAGUGAGAGAGAGGCUGCAGUGAGCUGCACUGAGCCCCUACAGUAACAGUACUGACAUAGCCAGCAGCUGGAGAUGAGAUGAGAAGAGGAGAGGGGAGAAGAGAAGAGAAGAGAGCAGAUCACUUCAAGACUUCAUUAGUCUCCAUCCUUAAAUAUUUAACAUCCCAACUCAUUUCCAGGGAUACUCUACUCUCUCCUACCAGCAAUAAUGUCACUGUGAGUUGGGAGUUAAGCAUGGGGGGAUUAAUGUGACCUUUGGGAGUUUUCUCCUCAUUUUGCAACAUCAAAAAUGAGCAUAAUUAGUAUGCUGCUUGUUGUAUUCCCCCCCAAAAAAAAUCUCGAGGACUUUAGCCUGCUGUUACGUAAGUCUAUGAUCUGCCAGUAGAACAGCCCAUAUGCCCGGCGGUUCAACUGUCCCCAUAGAAGGAAGGAGCACUUGUAUCUCCCGUAUGGUUGUGUAUAGCUGAGACGCACAGCUGUUUAGCCAAGGUAUCCCAGACGGUCAAUAUGGUAGCCUAUAUCCACUUUUCAGCUUGUUCUUAAAAGGUGAUUUACUGUAUGUGGCACAUUUUGUUGGACGCACACAUUUUGAAGGCAUUUGCUGUUAGAACAGCACCUUUGAAACUGUUUGUUCUAUCGUAUUCACUUUACUCGUAAACCACACACGAAGCAUUCCAGUUCUAGAUGUUGUGGUGGUUUUGCCAGGUUGAUGGCCAUGUUAGUACCUGUGGCAUGUACUUGUAUGUUAUGCCACAGGACGUUAUGUGUUGUGUCCGUAUGGUAAAUGAAUGGGAAAUGAAUGGGCCUAAAACCAAUACCCUGUCCCUCCUGAAAUCUCAUGUGUUCCUUUCACAUGUUUGGCUGUACUUGCUGGGUGUGCUGCUGCACGGUUUCCAUUUGUGCCAGCAGAACAAGAGUUCCAGUGAAGUGUCUUUUUUUUUGGUCUUUUCAGAAAUAAAUGAAACAGAGCGGUGGGGAUGUACGGCAGGGGAAGGAUGGAAAGAAAGCAGGAAAUAGAGAUGUGAUUGAGAAAAGGAAAAAGACAUAAUUAGCAUAAUCACUUGCUAAAUGUAAGUGCGGUUCUCGAGAGACAAGAGAGAAAAAGAGAGGGGGGGAUUAGGAGAUAUGAUGUACAGUUUUUCAAAGUGAAGUUUAGUUUUAUCAAUCUAUCAGAACCAGUUCAUACAUUAGUCAUCCCCCAACUCUCUCUCUCUCUCUCCUGCUCUCACUUAAUCUCCAUGGUGACAAGAGAGAACCUCUGCUCUGAAAAUGGUGUUUUUCUGUUCUUCCGUCAGUGGGUGAUCCAACAGCACCCCCUCUCUGUCGUAACCCAAAAUGACAUUGGAUCCUUUCUCAUUAUUCUUCUCAGAAAAAAUAUUCCUCUCUGUUUGUGAACCUUAUAUCUGAAAUUUCUUUUUCCAGUUUGUUUUAAAGGGUUAUGUUUUUGUGCUGUUCUGUUCCUUCUGUUUUUAGCCUUUUUUUCUAAUCAUGAAUGUACAAUGUGUAGAUUUUUAUAUAGCAUUUAAACAAAAAUCAUUGUUGAAAUAAUAAUUUUGUCAACAGAUAAGCUAAGAAUUUGUAAACUGCAUUGUGAACAAAUGAGAGAAAUGUCUAUCUGGGCGACGUGUGAGGAAUAUGAGGUUUAUGCUAUACACUGAAAAUAAAUAAUUUCAAGCUGGUUGCCAAACAAAGGCCAA